ACGAGACCCAACAAAAAAUAAUUUGUUAGCAUUCAGUUUCGAGGUUAUAAGAAAAAGCUUGUGUUUGAUGCUUCUAAUUGUCUCUGACUACGUCACCAAGCUUCACGUUAUUUCGUGCAAUUAAAUAUUAUUUAAUAUAUGUGUAUAUGUAUAUAAAUAUACAUAAUACUGUAACCAGUGCUAGGACAAGCGUUAAACAAUAAAUAUAUUUUUAAAAAUUUGUUUUCUAAGUUACAAAUUUUGAAAUCAUGGCUGCAGACGACGAGAACUGGCGGACACAGCAGAAUCGCCAGAAUGUCAUCGCCAGAAUAGACUUGGCGUUACAGAGCGCGGGGGAACCACCCAUGAAAUAUAGCGCGGAGAUGGAAAAUUGUGUCUUCGAAAUAGCCAAAACUAAAGAGCAGUAUCACCGUUAUGUUGAAAAAGUGAUUGACUAUCUGUCAGGAUUAAAUGAAAAUAAUUUGGCAGCUGGAGCUCAAGGGGCAGCGGGUCAAGGAGUUCAAGAUCCGACGGGUGUCUAAAUGAUCGAAAAAUUAAUAAUUGUAUUUAAUAUUUAUUUGAUUUGUGUAAAAUAUUUUCUACAUUACUAAUUACUGAAUGAUAAUAAAAUUUAAAUUAAAUCAUUUACAAAAAAAAA